GGCCCCGCCUUCCAGUGCCCCUUCCCCCGCCGUUUAUCAAAAAAAAAAAAAACGGUCAGAGGGCGCCUCCAUCCUAUCCGCUCAGGGCGCCGCCGCCAUCAGCUCAGGGCGCCGCCGCCUGGAGCCCGCGCCGACGGCGAGAAGCUGGUCUUCUCGGCCCGCCGCCCCGCCAUCCUCGGCGGCGCCGCGGCGGGGGCGCCUUCGACGUCCUGCCUCCCGCCGCUCUCCUCGUCGCGCGGCCGCCCCAGACCUGCUCCGCUACGACGGGUCCGCCGAGGGGUAGAAUGUGAAACCGGCCGAGGAGGGCUGGAACCGGCUACAGGAACCGGAGAGAGGGCGAGUGAUCCACAGCCUUGUGAAGAGGGGACGAGGAGAGCAGGAACCGGCUGCAGGAGGGACGAAUUUGAUCCUUUGCCAAGAGUUUAGGACGAUUUUGCUUAUUUUGCCUCCCAAAACUUCCGCGGCCGGCGCCGGGAGAGAGCUGGAGACUGCAAGGUCCUGCUCGUGUGAUCGGAGUCCAGGCUGUCGAUCCAAUUGGGAGGUAGAGAUUUGAGAGCAGACCGGCCUGCCUCUCUGUCUUUGCCCCACCGUGACUCUUCCCCUGCUUCGCGAUGGGAGGCUCCCCUGUUGGGGAUGGGACUCUGUCUCUGGACGGCUUCAACACCUCCGCGGCGGCGCUGGUGAAGAGGUGGAAGGAGAUCGAGGUUGACGACUUCCUUCCUGACUGGACAUGGAAGCCCUGCAGCAAAAUGGGGGCGCCGUCUGAGGUAGAAGGGUAUCUAGCACUGGAAGGAGUGUACCGCGGCUGUGGAGGGAGCCAGGAGCAGAUUGACGAGAACGACAAUUCUGAUGGUGCAGACGCAGUUGCGUGCGAUACUUGGGUCCAGAGCUCUAGUGAUAAUGUUCACGUUUAUGAUUUCCAUGUUGUCUACAGCUACUCUUACAAGGUUCCGGUGCUGUACUUUCAGGGUCAUCGUUCUGAUGGUCAGCUACUAACAUUGGAUGAGAUAAAACACAACCUUCCCUCUAACUCGCUUAAAGUAUUAAGCGAGUCAAAGUGGACGUUUAUUACUCGAGAGGAGCACCCCCACUUAAGCAGGCCAUGGUUCACCUUGCACCCCUGUGCAACCAGUGACUGGAUGAAGCUACUUCUUGAAGAAAGUAAAGUGGCGAUUGAGGAACAAUCGCUGCGAUAUCUAUCGGCAUGGUUAUCCGUUGUUGGCCAGGCAGUAGGACUUAAAAUCCCUCUUGAGCUUUACUGCAACUGAUAGGUUCCCUUUUUUUUUUUCAUUUUCAGUUUGUAUGUAUGGUAUAUGGUGAUUCAAAGGGAAAGUUCACUUCAUACUUGGUGAUGUAGAAGGUCAUGGAUACUUCUGAGUUCUGACGCUGGUUACACUUGCACUUUUGUAAUUUUGUGGUAGAUUUCUACUUUCAUUGCAUCUUCCAUCUGUACAUUUCUAUAAGCGUAAUUUUGUUUCAUAGUCUCUUGUUGAA